AUGUGUUUCGUUGCUGCUCUGGCUACUGCUUAUCUCCUGCUGCGGUGCUUUUUCUCCCUCGCCGCCCCAGCAUCACCCGCCGCGUAUCGUGCCCUAUCCGCUGCUGAAGGGGACGACGGUAUCGACGGCUGCAUGGGUGCCCAGCAGCAGCAGCAAGGGCAACAACAACAGCAACCGGAACAGCAGCAAGAGGACCAGCAGGACCAGGAGGAGGAGGGGGAGCAGCGUCAGGACCAAAAGCAGCUGCAACAGGACCAGGAGCGCCAACAGCGGCUGCUGCAGGAGCAGCAGCGGCAGCAGUACCUCAUGCAGCAGGUGCGCCAGCAGAUAGGGCUCCUGACUGUGACAGAAGAGGCGAAGAAGUUGUUGACAGAAGAGGAGGAUAAGGCCGUGCAGGAUGCGUUGUGUGUUGCCCAAGAACUGCUCAAACAGGCGAAAGACAAAGUAGCUGCUGUUACUGAGUUCAAAAAAUCCCUAGAAGAAGAUAACGCUGAGCUUCAGCGCCAGCUCGAAAUGCUGCCCCCUGGAACCCCCCACCCGCCCAAAUCUGACCUUAGUUCGCUGCAGCAGUACAGAAAAGAAGCUUCAGAAGCAGUGGAGAAACUCUACGCUGUAGGCUGCAGCUCGAGUCAGCAUGCCUGGACGCUGCUGCAACUAGCGGAACGUCGGGCGCUGCAGCAAGAGGCGCGGGAAGAGCCCAUCCCGCUUGCUCCUGUCGCUGCAGUGGUAGCAGCAAACACAGUGCUGGGCUUCCCAGCACCCCCGUUAGUAGUACGGAGUGGGAAAGCGCAGGAGCAGCUUGACAAGAUGGUGGAAACUAUGCAGAGGGAAAUUGCCACUUGGCUUAGGGUGCUUAAGCAGCCCACCCUUCUAAAGGGGACUCCACAUGUGGUGCAGAAGCAGCUGACAGCAGCAGCAUCAGCAGUUCUGAAAGCACGGCAUAUGGCAGCGGGGUUGCAAGAGCUGCAGAUGCAGGAGAAGGCUCAGCAGCUGCGCACAGAGCUUGGCCAGGUUGAGAUGCAGCUGCGUUCUGUGGAGCGGCGGCAGCAGGAGCAGGAGAAGGAAGAGCAGGAGAAGCAGCAGCGUCGCCGGCGUCAAAUGCAGGAACAGGAUGCCGUAUUGGCUACGCUGGGGGAUUCGGAGAAAGUAACCGCGCGUCUGAAAACUGCGGUUGACAGGGUUGCAGUCCUUCUUGACGCAGGACCCCUCCGAAGCGACAAACAGGUCGAGGAGGCGGAGGACCUUUACGAGGAGAUCGGCGCUGCUCUGGGAGAGGCAGGAAGCCUUAAUCGGGAUCUGCUGAAGGGCACUAGGACAGGCGAACUGCUGGACGAAGCUGCAGGACUCGGCCGCUCCCAGAUAGGGGCACUCCAAAAAGUUUUGCAUAAGACGUGGGAACGAUCUCUGCUACAACAUGCAAUGGAUGUAACAUUAGCCCUAAGAGAUCUAACGGCUGCUCACGAGGAGAUAGAGAGGGACUUGAAAAAGCCUGAAACAGCAGCUGCAGCAGCACGAGCAGCAGCAGCAGCAGCAGCAAAAGCAGCAGCUGGUGAGACUGUGAGAGCCCUCACUAUUAAGGAGGAAGGCUUGUUGCACUGGCUAGAGAAGGUGCUGAUUGUCCAUCAGACGAUGACAGUGAAGCACCAGCAUAUGGAGCGGCUACUCCACGCAUACAACCCUGAACAACGCCUGCUGGACAAGUUGAAGCAGUUGGGGGACGCCCUGGAGGCCGCCCAAGCAGGAGUAGAACUCGCAACCCAAGCGAUGCUGCGCUGGUGGCUCUUACCUCUCGACGAGGCAGCGGAAAAUGAAUCUAAGGCGAGGGAAGCCCUUAAGGAACUGCAGAAUCAGCUGAAAGCGAAGAAGGAAGCUGGAGAGGAGUUGUCUGAAGAAGAAGAAGAGAAGCAAAGGGCUCUCCAGAAAGCCCUAGAGGAUGCAAAAACGAAGAAGCUAAGCGCAGCAAUGAAGGUUGCAGCUGGGGAUAUUGCAUUCAGAAAAAUGGGUAUGCCCCAACCGGUGCAAGAUAUGUUGCAGUUCGCCUUGCCUGUUGCAAGGGCCCCUCUUGCAGCGGGUUCUGUUUUUGCUCCUGACUUCCGGCCUGUAGCAGAACACGUUAAUCUAAAGGUAACAUUGCCUAGAUUAAAGUUCCUAUUCAUCUCAUCAACAUCCCCUCCCAGCGAGGUCCCAGUGGCUCAACGUGCGCGGCCACCUGCUGGUGCUGAUGAUGGUGGCGCUGCUGCAUCCACCCGUGGACUUAGUACUUUACAGAGGAGAGUGAAGGCAGUGGUCGACGAAGAUGAAAAGGACCCUUUGGGCUCUGUCUCUUCUCUGCUGAGUACGCUAGGGAAUCCGCCGAUCGAUGAAGGCGCCUCUUUGAUGGAGUUUGCGUAUACAACUGACCCUUUCGAGGAGGUGCAGAUGCCGGAAGGCGCUGCAGCACCACCAUCAGCAGACGCAGCAACAGCAGUAGGUGCUGAUCGCGGCGGCAAGCCGUCGAAAGGAAAGAGCUCAAAGCGCAGAGAAGGCUCGUUUCGCGUAUCUCUGUCGCGUAAACCAUCGAAGAAGAGCGAUCCUGCAGCAUCAGCAGUAGCAGAAGCGGGAGGGAAGGGGGCAGAUGAAUCUGAAGAGCCCAAGGCAGGGAAAGGCUCUAGGCGGCCGCGUCAUCGGAGGUGGAAGACUCAAGCUGGGGUGGAGUGGGAUCCAAAAGAAGAACCGCGAGGAGGCGGAGGUACCCUCCCAAGGCACUGGUCUCUAAGAGGAACUAGUGACAGACAAGCAGUGGAAGAAGCGUUGCUUAAAUCAAGAAGCUUAGAUUCUAGAUUAACACAGACUCUGCCUGCCUCUCCAGGCAAGCAAAAACGACGAAGCCUUCUCGGCAAGGCGUUCUCCAUGUUCACCCUCAGACGUUCAACGGGAAGCAUAUCCCAAAGCUUACAAGAAGCAGCAGAUGCAGCUGAAGAAGUAGAAAGAAUAGGAGUGUCAACACUACCAACAACAGCACGGGGAACAGCAGCAGAAACGUCUUUGCAAACGUCAACAGGAGACGUAACAGGAGCAGGAGAAGCAGCCGCAGGCCUCAGCGAUACGGGGGUACUGCCGCAGCGAUGGACAGAGGAAGGGGAGUCUCUACAGCCAGUGGGGCACAGUGAAGCAAAAAGCAGCGGAAAGAAGGGAAAGGAGUCGAAGAAGAUGCCAAAACGGGGCAAAUCAGAAGGUGGAGACAAAAGCACCUGA